GCCGCCAAGCAAGAACGACAGCCAUCUUAAUUGCAUGCAUAUUUGGAUAUUGUUGUUCAAUUAGGGUUAGAUUAAACAUGGCCGAUAUGCAAAUUGUUCUGGCUAAGGCUUGCAAAAAUGUAGAGGCGCAGUAUGUGGAGAUGAUGGUUCCUCUCUAUUCUCAUGGAUGUGAGAAGAAAGUCAAGAAGACACUCUCCCAUCUCAAGGGGAUAUACUCGGUGAAGGUGGAUUACGACCAACAAAAGGUGACAGUGUGGGGAAUAUGCAACAAAUACGAUGUGCUCGCAACCGUGAGGAGCAAGAGAAAGGACGCCUGUUUUUGGAACCCCCAAGACAACACCAUUGCCUUAGAAUUAGAAUCGCAGCCUCCCUCAGACUCAAGCUCUCCUCCAAUUUCAUCAACUUCAAGAUACGCAAACUCUUCUUUAGCUCUGAUCAGGGUUCGCUCUCUAAGCUUAAAAUUGAAAGCAUGGAAGAAAGUCUUCACUAGAACCUACUCGUUACCCUGAUCCCGAGAGACGCUUUCUCGAGGGUUAUUCCUAAUAAACCCUAAUACUUUU